AUGGUUGAUGCUCACCAAGCUAAAUCUUUGAAAGAGAUUAAAGAUAAAGAGUUGCUCGCUCCCGUCGAUUUUUCGCUUUUUGAGGGUCCAGAUGGUGUUGGACCUCCUUUGCUCGAUAGUAGUUCACUUAGAAAGGAUGAAUCCUCAACUAAAAAUGCAAAAGGUCCAGAUGGUGUUGGACCUCCUUUGCUCGAUAGUAGUUCACUUAGAAAGGAUGAAUCCUCAACUAAAAAUGCAAAAGUUUUAGCUACAUCAGAUAAAUUAUCUGUGAAGCAAUCAAUCAAUCGCCGUGCGAAUGAAAAAAGCUGUAAUAGAAAUAAGUCUCGUUAUGCGGUCUCCGAUGUAGAGCCUAGUUCUUCAACUAUCCGGCCAUCAGACAAUUCUAAUGUUAUUCACUUUAUUAAGGAACUGGGUGCUAACUCGAAUUCUUCAGGAUUACCUGUUUCUUCCUCGUACUCAUGUACGAAUACUUCUGAUACAACAAAGUCUCCGCUGGUUCAUCUUACAUCAAACCAUAAAUCCUCUAACGACAAAAACUCUGAUUCUGUCCUUCGUUCCCUAACUGCUCAACUUUCCACUCUUAUGACGUCUCGGUCUAUGUCCUUGUCACAGGGAUUAACAGAACAACUAAAUCCUCAGCAUACAAUGACCCAACAAAAAAAUGCUUGUAACCUGGCCCAACUUCGUGUAUCACAUCUACCGGAAACUUCCGUCCCCCCAACUGAUCGCGCCAUGGUUUCUCUUAUGUCUCGAGACCCAAUUGGCGAUAAAUGGCUCUCACCAUCUGGUCAUCGUGUACCGCGACUCUCAGCUGCUCAGCGCCGUUGUCUUUUGCAAUAUCUGACUCUUGGCCGCAUUGAAGCGCCCUUAUCUUCAACCUCCAUUGCUGUGGCUCACGGUUUUGGCUGGUCUAGACUGGUCGAAACAGCAGCUAGGGCAUUGAUUGACAAUAUAUGGUCUGGUCUCCAUUGCGCAGAUGCUCAGGGGCUUCCAACUUGUAACGGUCAAAGGUAA